GGUCCCGGGGCUGGUUGCCGGCGAUUGGACCGAGGCUGCAGCGCGAGCGCGAAUGAAGUUGGAGCAACUUGGAAGCGGAUUCAGUUGUCCUGUGUGGACGGGAGUGGGAGCGAGCCCCCCGGGGACAUCCGCGCAGCGCCCUCCUCACCGCCACCUCUCUCCCUCCCACCCUCGCUCGGCCGUCUCCCAAAGUCUGCUCGCUUCUUUAACACCCGCGCACCUUCCUUAAAUCUUGUAAGGUGUGUGUGUGUGUUUUUUGCGCGAUGGAGGAGGAACUCCACCGUCAUUACCGCCCGGUGUCAGCUGUUUACUCCGUGAAGAGGCAAAAAUGCGUAUUCGCCGAGGGCAGCGGCGCAGGGACAGGAAUUACCGCUAUGAGUAUUUGCGAGGAGUGUGCAUUUUAAAUCUGGAAAUCUGCCACAGGCCUCUCACUCCCUCACCCUUCACUUCUCGAUUCUUCCAUCAUCACCAUCAUUAAAACGGGCUACAUGGAUAUGUCAAGGAAAGUUGAAUUUUCCGCUGUCACCUCCAAGGUUCCGGGCUAUUCUGACAACUCUGUCGGGCUUCGGCUGUAGUUUUUGCUCACUGCUGUCUUCCGCCUACCCUUUCAAACCCAAGACUCUGCAGGCUUCUGCAGCAACGAUGUCCAAGGUAUUAAAAAAGAAAAGUCAUUGGACCAAUAAAGUCCACGAAACUGUGAUAUGUAGAAAUAAGGAUGGGGAACUUAAUGUGGAGAUUAAAGGUGGCGCUGAGAAUGGUCUGUUCUCUUAUCUGGGAGAAAUGAAGCAAAACAAAAUAAUCUAUCAGGUCGGAAAACUGCAUUCUGAUGACUUGUUGUUGGAAGUCAAUGACACAGCAGUGUCUGGACUCACUAUCAGAGAUGUAUUGGCUGUGAUCAAGCAUUGUAAGGACCCAAUUCGUUUGAAGUGUGUGAAACAAGGGGGCACUGUUGACAAGGACCUUCGACACUAUCUCAAUUUACGGUUCCAAAAGGGUUCGGUUGACCACGAGCUUCAGCAGAUUAUCCGCGAUAACCUGUAUUUGCGGACCGUGCCAUGCACUACAAGACCACCUAAAGAGGGAGAGGUCCCUGGUGUUGACUACAAUUUUGUGACUGUGGAAGAAUUUAUGGAACUUGAGAAAAGUGGUUCUCUAUUAGAAAGUGGAACAUAUGAAGACAACUACUAUGGUACACCAAAACCCCCAGCAGAACCGAUUCCACUUCUGCUCAAUGUAACAGAUCAGAUUCUGCCUGGUGACAGACCCAGUUCAGAGGGCAAAAGGAAAAGAAACAAGUCUGUAAGUAACAUGGAAAAAGCUGAAAUUGCCCCUCCUGAAGCAGAGGAGGAAGAAGAAGAAGAAAGGCCUGUUGUCAAUGGAAAUGGAGAAACAAUAACACCAGAAUCUAGUGAACAUGAAGACAAAAGCACUGAUGCCCCAGGUGAAAUUUUUUCACAUCCUUGUGCUGCACCAGUCUAUGGCCUUACAAAAGGAACAAAAGAUGAUUCAGUUUCAGAGAAGCAAACCAAACCAGAGGAUGGGGACCAUCUGGGUCCACUGCCUGAGAAUUGGGAGAUGGCAUAUACUGAAAAAGGCGAAGUCUACUUCAUUGACCAUAACACCAAAACAACAUCCUGGCUGGAUCCUCGUCUAGCUAAAAAGGCAAAGCCUCCAGAAGAAUGUAAAGAUAAUGGAGACAAGCUGCAAUCUGGAAACACUGGACAGAAGCUAGAACUACCAUAUGGUUGGGAGAAAAUAGAUGAUCCAAUAUAUGGCACCUAUUAUGUUGAUCACAUAAAUCGAAAAACCCAGUUUGAAAAUCCUGUGCUCGAAGCAAAGAAGAGGUUGCAGCAGCAACAUCCAAUGCAGCAGGAUCUAGUGCCCUACCUUAUGCCAGCAGCAGGUUUCCGAGAAGGCUCAUCAUCAACAUUACCUAGACCCAAACAUACCUGCCCAGGCUCUCUGCCUCAGCGGUCGCGCAGUACGAAUGACCUGUCUCAGUAUCGGAGUGACAGUGCUGGAAUGUACAGGCUGUAUGAAAAGCCACUCUUCACUCGGGAUGUUUCACAACUCAAGGGAACAUUUCUUACAACUUCACUGAAAAAGAGCAACAUGGGAUUUGGAUUCACCAUUAUUGGUGGUGAUGAGCCUGAUGAGUUUCUGCAAGUGAAAAGUGUGAUACCGGAAGGACCAGCUGCAAUGGAUGGCAAAAUGGAAAUGGGUGAUGUGAUUGUCUAUAUAAAUGACAUUUGUGUACUUGGGCAUACUCAUGCUGAAGUAGUCAAAAUUUUCCAAUCCGUCCCAAUUGGUCAAUGUGUCAAUCUUGUACUAUGCCGUGGUUAUCUUUUACCCUUUGACCCUGAUGACCCAAGCAACAGUAUGGUGCCUCCUAUAACAAUAGUAGAUCGGCAACCAGCCCAAAUAAAUGGGCGUAAUAAUUCAGACACGUAUGUGGAGUUUACUUCCCGGACUUCUCGGUCUGCACCAGAUAUCUCUGACCGACAUUUGCAUUCUCUUAAUCCAAUGCCCACUGAUGGCCAGGUGGAUGGAACCUUAUCAACAGUUCAAGAGGACAGCAUUUCAAUGGCCUCAUCAGGUGCUGCUCAGUCUGAGUUCAUGACAAUUGCUAUUGUGAAAGGAGCACAAGGCUUUGGAUUCACCAUUGCAGACAGUCCUUCAGGACAACGAGUAAAACAGAUCUUAGAUGUUCAAGGAUGUGGUGGCCUUAAUGAAGGUGAUCUGAUAGUGGAGAUUAAUCAGCAGAAUGUACAAAAUCUUGGGCAUGCACAAGUUGUGGAAAUUCUUAAGGAAUGUUCAGUUGGAGUGGAAACCACAUUGGUCAUCCAGAGAAGUGGCUUGUUUUCACCUUGGAAGAGUUCAAAACAUGCAUUAGAUAGAUGGGAGAAUCAAGGCAGUCCUCGAGCAAACUUCCCAGCACAACCCCUACCACAGAGUCUGCCCUUCCAACAACAUGUCCACAGGGCUUCUUUCCCCGAUGCUUCUGAAGGAUUUGAUCAAAGGAAACCUGACCCAUAUGAAGUAUAUGAGAAAUCGAGAGCUCUCUAUGAGAGUAGGCAGCAAAUACCACCAAGGACUGCAUAUCGGGCUGAUUCUUCCGGUCCAGAUUACCGUGAAUUAGAUGUCUAUUUACGCAGACAAGAAUCUGGAUUUGGUUUCAGAAUCCUCGGGGGAGAUGAACCUGGUCAACCAAUUCUUAUCGGAGCUAUAAUUACAAUGGGGGCUGCUGACAGAGAUGGUCGUCUUCGCCCAGGAGAUGAGUUAGUUUAUGUGGAUGGAAUAUUAGUUACUGGAAAAUCUCACCGUUAUGUGAUAGAUCUGAUGCAUAAUGCAGCCCGAAGUGGCCAUGUCAGUCUGACUGUGCGAAGAAAGGUUCUCUCUAUAGGUGGGCCAUGUUCAGAAAAUGGUCGAAGUACAGGAUCAGUAUCCACGCAUCAUAGUUCCCCAAGAAGUGAUUUUGCCAGUCUCUCAAACAGCAUACAAGCUCCUCCCACUGGUUCUUCACCUGCAGAGAGUUUGGUCAGUCAUGCUGUUCAAGCAAAUGAUGUAAUUAUACACCGUAAAGAAAGUGAGGGCUUUGGCUUUGUGAUCAUUAGUUCGUUAAAUAGGCCAGAAACAGGUGCAACACCAGUGGCAGUACCUCACAAAAUUGGACGUAUCAUUGAAGGUAGUCCUGCAGAUCGCUGUGGAAAACUCAAAGUGGGUGAUCGCAUCCUGGCAGUGAAUGGACAAUCCAUCAUUAGUAUGCCUCAUGCAGAAAUUGUGAAAUUAAUCAAAGAUGCAGGCCUUAGUGUCACACUACGCAUUGUCCCUCAAGAAGACACAAGUAGUCCUGCUUCUGCGCCAGGUUCAGAAAAACAAAGUCCCAUGGCACAGCAAAGUCCAACAGCACAGCAGAGCCCUUUAGCCCAACAAAGCCCUGGAGCACAACCACCUCCUCCUCCUCUUCAGUCACAGGGACAUAACGGCAGUUACAGGUCAGAAGUGAAAGCAAGACAAGAUGUCAAACCAGACAUUAGGCAACCACCAUUUUCAGAUUACAGGCAACCUCCAGCAGCAGAUUAUCGACAACCGCCAUCUCUCGAUUACAGGCAGCCACCUUUAUUAGACUACAGGCAGCAGCCUCCUGACAACCGACAGUAUGCAGUGUCUGAAUACAGACAACCACAGGAUUUUGAUUACUUUACGGUUGAUCUGGAGAAAGGUGCCAAGGGAUUUGGAUUUAGUAUUCGUGGCGGCCGAGAGUAUAAAAUGGAUCUCUAUGUAUUACGGUUGGCAGAGGAUGGACCGGCUAUCAGAAAUGGAAGAAUGAAGGUUGGUGAUCAAAUCAUUGAAAUCAAUGGAGAAAACACAAGGGAAAUGACCCAUUCUAGAGCAAUAGAGCUAAUAAAAUCAGGAGGAAGAAGAGUGCGGCUCUUGCUUAAAAGGGGAACAGGUCAAGUGCCAGAAUAUGCAGACAACUCCAGCUCCUGGAAUGCCUCCACUGCAGGCUCCCCUAGCCUGUCGGAAAUAACCAUGAUCCCCGACGAUCAGAUAGCACCAUCAUUAUCAUUGCAUUCUGCUCCAACCUGUGAUUCCAUUCACCAGCUACCCCCAGAGAUGUUAUGGGAUACUAAGAAAGAACAUGACAUUGUGAGGAGGGAGCACUUUGUAGAUCACAAUGAGAGAAGACAUAGAUUGGAGAGCCCUAGCAGAGUAGACAAGUUGAAGCAGCAUCAAACUUCUAAAAAGAACAUUACAAGGUUCUCUACAGAAAACAGCAAAAGGAAAGAUGGUGGCAGGACCACCUCUGAAAACAGAGCAACUGGAAGGAAAUGUUUUACAGAGAAAAAACUGGGGGAGGACAAGUUUGACAAGAGAAGCAAUGAGAAACCUAAACGUGGUAGAUCCAUGUCGCCAGCUUCCAGGAGGGGAAGAUCUCCUGGCUUAAAGGAGGAUCACAAAGUUGCAGAUAUCAGUGAGAGAAAAUUGCUGGAAACACAUAAAAACAAAAUAAAAGCAGAUUUUAGCUUACAGACUAAUACUGGAGAAAUUGGUAAUUUCCACGAAAAUGCCUUAGAACAGGUCAACAAAGACCUUGAUGGAAGACCCCAAAAGACCUCCAGUGAGAAGCAUCCACAUUCAAGUCUUGCUAUUCAAGGUAAUAACACUGUAUCUCAGAAAUCAACUGUCUCACCUGGGCCAUGGAAAAUCCCUGGUUCCGAUCGAUAUCCUAGUACGCUUAAACCUAGUGCUGCCACCACAGGCAGAUAAACUGUUUAUAUGUUAUCUCCCCACUGUAGUAUAGAUGCAGGAUGUUGUCUCACUGUUUCCUCUAAUCAGAUUAUUUAUCUUGUAUUUUUAACUUAAUUUGAAUCAGUCACCCAGCCUUAUAAACUGGAAGCAUUUGCAUUAACAAUAUAAUAGGAAUAAUAUUCUUUGGUCAAUACAAUAUUUGGGCAUGGAAGAUCUUUUUAAAUAAAAGUACAACCAGCAGUAUUUUGAGACUUCAGUAAAUUGAAGUUGUAUUGCUGCAACUCUUGCUAUAGGACCAUUGAAAAACUUGUGAACUGUGUGGAUCAGUGCAGUGUGAUUAUGUUGGUAGCUUAACCUCAAUGAGCAAGAACAAUAUUGGUGCUUUAGUUUCUAAAACAAAAUAUAUGAAGGAUUUGCUUCAUCUGUAUGCUGUAGUCACAUGUAUGGUAUCAGUAAUCUUUGUAUAGUGGGGACAUUGGUUGUUAAGAGUCUGGCCUUAAGUAAAACUGCACUGACAAAAGAGGCACUGAAGUAAAGUAGAAGUCUGAAUUUUUGUAAAUAUUCAAUUUUCAAACAAAUGCCUAGCCCAGGGGUUAAAGUUAUUCUAAAUAAUGCCAGGGCCUUGUUACUGAGAGUAACACAAGCUAACAUAUUCAAAUUAAAUGGCAUCAUAUCUCAAAAGUACUCUGCCCUUUUAUUCUUAUCAGUGAACCAAGCACAAAAUAGUGUGAGAGUAAGAAGUGGAAGUGAUUUUCUUUUUACUUAGGGGAACUUGAACAAGGUUCUGUCUACUUUAUCCUCUGGCCUAGCCAUAACCUGGUUUCUGCCAUUAAAAAUCUACAGUAUUAUCAGGUUUUGGACAAUGCUUCCGUAUUGUAGUGCACGUACCUGUAUUACUCUCUGAUUUUAGAUUCAUGAAAAACUGGGAUUACGAUUGCAUAAGCAAACUAUAUUUUGCACAACUCACAGCUGUUACUUGUGCAAUAAUUGCUGUAUGCUGUCUGUAAUCAAAAUGAUCUGUGAACAUGGCACGUCACUUACCCUUUGGAUCAGUAUUGCUGUCUAGUGUUAGCUGUGAAUUUACCUUGUACAGUAUCUAUAAAUAUGAUUCCAUGUAUUAUUAGUCACAAAGACUGUAAGUGAGCAACUAUUUUUAUGAAAUGCACCACAAUGGAUAAAUUAACUUUUACAGAAAUCUUGUUUAUGAUAUUCUAUCUGAAACACUGUCAAAUAAAAUGCAUACUGUAUAAUGAGUGUUUUCUUGGGGACUUCCAACAUCUUUUAUAUCUGAAAAUAAGAUUUACUGAACCUUAAGACUUGUACUCACAUUCAUGAUGUUAUGUAUAUUUAUUUAUUGUGUUAUUCAAGCUAUUGUUGUGUUUCAAUUUUCUAUUAUUGUUAUGUUCUACCAACACCCUUUGUUCAAGACUUUGUUAGGGCCUUUCAGAUAUUAGAACAUUGGCAGUUGACAGUCUUUCUCUUGUCUUUGAGGAAUGACUAUUUAUGAAUCAAUUACAAUGGCAUGAAAAGAUUUAUCAAGACAGAUCAUAGCAUACAAAGCAUUUUUCAAAACAUUGUGUUGGGAAACACUGCAUCGGAUGAUCAAGGUGCAGAAAUUGCAGGGGGCCUAGCAAAGAUACUUAAAUCAUCCUUAGCAACAAAUGAGACAUCAGAAGAUUGGAGGAUAGCUAAUGUUGUUCCUAUUUAAGAAAGGCUGUAAAGGUAAUCCACAAAAUUAUAGGCAGGUGAGCCUGACAUCAGUAAUGGGGAAGUUAUUGGAAGGUACUUACUGAAAAGGACUGGAUAUAUGAGUACUUGGAUAGACGUGAACUGAGUAGGGGUAGUCAGCAUGGCUUUGUGUGUGACAGGUCAUGUCUAACCAAUCUUAACAUGUUUUGAGGAAGUUACCAGGAAAAUUGAUGAAGGUUAAGCAGUGGAUAUUGUCCACAUGGACUUUAGCAAGGCAUUUCACAAGGUGCCACAUAGGAUGUUAGUGAAGAAGGUUCAGUUGCUUGGCAUUCAAGAUGAAGUAGUAAAUUAGAUUGGAGAUUGGCUUUGCGGGAGAAUCCAGAAAGUGCUAGUAGAUGAUUGCCUCUCUGACUGGAAGUCUGUGACUAGUGGAGAAUUACAGGGACUAUUGCAGGGUCUGUUGUUAUUUGUUAUCUAUAUCAACAAUCUGCAUGAUAACUGCAUUAGCAAAUUUGCAGAUGACACCAAGAUUGAGGAUGUAGUGGACACCAAGGAAGAAUAUCAAAGCUUCCAGCGGAAUCUGGACCAGCUGGAAAAAAUGUGCUGAAAAAUAGAAUUUAAGGCAGUCAAGUGUGAGGUGUUGCACUUUGUAAGGACCAAUCAGCGUAGGUCAGGGCACUGAGGAGUGCACUAGAUCAAAAGAGCCUGGGAAUACAGAUCCAUAAUUCAUUGAAAGUGGUGUCACAGAUAGAUAGGGUCAUAAAGAAAGCUUUUGACACAUAGACCAAAGUAUUAAGUACAGGAAUUGGGAUGUUAUGUUGAAGUUGUAUAAGACAUUGGCCUAAUUUGGAAUACUGUGUGCAGUUUUGGUCACCUACCUACAGGAAAAAUGUAAGAUUUAAUGUGCACAGAGAAAAUUUACAAGGAUGUUGCCAGGACUGGAAGACUUGAGUUAUAAGGUAAGAUUGAAUAGAUUACAACUUUAUUUCUUGGAACGUAGAAGAUUGAGGAAAGAUUUGAUAAUGGUAUACAAAAUUAUGAGGGGUAUAGAUAGGGUAAAUGCAAGCAGAUUUUUCCACUGAGGUUGUGUGACUAUAACUAGAGAUCAUGGGUUAAGGGUGAAAAGUGAAAUACUUAAGGGGAAAAUGAGGGAAAACAUCACCUAGCAGGUGGAACAAGCUGCCAUCGCAAAUGGUAGAUGUAAUUUGGAUUUCACGUUUUAAGAGAAGUUUGGAUGGGUACAUGGAUGGGAGGGGUAUGGAGGACUAUGGUUAUGGUGCAGGUCGAUGGUUUGGUACAGACUAAAUGGGCUAAAGAGCCUGUUUCUGUGCUGUAGUUUUCUAUGUUAACGACCAAGAUAAUUAUGGAAAAGGAUAGGUUUGGUCCUUGCAAUUUAGAUUCUAAAUUAUAAAAAGGCCAAUUUUGAUGGCAUCAGAAAGGAUCUAUAAAGUGUGAACUGAAAUAGGUUGAUUUCAAGCAAAGGUGCUUGGUAAGUGGGAGGACUUCAAAAGUGAAAUUUUGAGAGAACAGAAUUUGUAUGUUCCUGUCAGAAUAAAAGGAAAGAAUAACAAGUUAGUUCUUGAGGGAUAUUGAGAUAUUAAGAAGUUACAUACUAUUGCAAGAAAAAGUUUGUGAACCUUUUGCAGUUACCUGGCUUUCUGCAUUAAUUGCUCAUAAAAUGGGGUUGGAUCACAAUAGUAGACAAAAACAAUCUGCCUAAACUAACAAUUGGACUUUUCAAGUCUUUAUUGAACACCUUGUUUAAUCAUUCGCAGUCCAGGCUAGAAAAAGUAUUUAAUAACUGGUAGAACCACCUUUAGCAGCAUUAACCUGAUCAAACUUGCACUGUGGUGAGGAGGAAUUUUAGACCAUUCCUCCAUAUGAAACUGUUAUAGUUUAUCAAUAUUUCCGGGAUACCUUGCACAAAGAGCCCUCUUCAGGUCAUUUCAGAGCAUCUCAAUUGGGUUAAGGUCUGUACUCGGGCAUUCCAAACACAAAUUUUCUUGCAUCAUUCAAUUUCUAUUAAGCUUUAGGUGACAGACCACCAUCCUGACAUUCUCCUGUAAAAUGUCUUGAUACAACUUUGAAUUGUUACUUUAAUAAUUGCAAGCUGUCCAGGCCAUGAGGCAGCAAAGCAGCCUCAAAUCAUGAUUCUCCUCCCUCCGUGCUUCACAGUUGGGAUGGGGUUUUGGUGUUGGCGUGUUGUGCCCCUUUCCCUCCAAACAUAGCGGUGUGCAUUUUUGCCAGAAAGUUCAACUCUUGUCUCAUCUGUACACAGAACUUUGCUUUUUGUGCUCUUGGUGUGAUCUUUGCAGGACACCCACUCCUGGUGAGAGUAGCAACAGUACUGAAUUUCCUCCAUUUGUAAGUAUAUUUUCUUACUGUGAUUGAUGAAUACUCAGGACUUUAGAAAUGGUUUUGUAGCCUUUUCCAGCUUCAUGCAUCUCUACAGUUCUUCUAAGGUCCUCUGAAAGUUGUUUAGAUUGAGGUGUGCUGCACAUAAUCAGGUCUUUCUUGAGAAGAGCAGGCUCUGUCAGUAACAUCACUUUUGUGUGUCUUUUUGAAAGGUCAAGGCACCUCUUAAGACCCACACCUCUAAUCUCACCUAGCUGAUUUGAACACCUGACUCCAAAUAGCUUUUGUAAACAUUAUCCCAAAGGUUCACGUAAUUUUUGGAACCCAGACUGAUUGCUGAAAUGGUGCACUCAGUAUUGAUGAGAAGAAGUACAAUUGUUUGUGUGUUACUAGUUUAGGCAGCUUGUGUUUGUCUAUUAUUGUGACUUAGAUGAAGAUCAAACCAAAUUUUAUGAGUAAUUAAUACAGAAAACCAAGUAGUUGCAAAGGGCUCACGAACUUUUUCUUGCAAUGGUAACAGGAUGGAACAAAUGAGGUACUUGGAGCAUAUGAAAUGUAAGAGAACAAUUCUAUUGAAGGAAAUUAGGAGAGCUAAAAGAAGACAUGAGGCUGCUCCAGCAGGGGAAGUGAAGGAGAAUCUCAAGAACUUCUGCAGAUGUGUUAAGAGCAAAAGAAUAGCAAGGGACAAAAUUGCUCCUCUUAAGGAUCAGAGUGGUUAUCUAUGCUUAAAAGCAAAAGAGAUGAGGGAGAUCUUAAACAGACUUUUUGCAUCUAUAUUUACUCAGGAGAUGGACACGGAGUCUACAGAAGUGAAACAAAGCAGCAAUGAGGUUAUGGGCUGUAUACUGAUUACAGAGGAGGGGGUGUUUGCUGCCUUGACGCAAAUUAGGGUGAAUAAAUCCCCAGGGCCUGACCUCAGACCUUGUGGGAGGCUAGUGUAGAAAGUGCAGGGACUCUUAACAGAGAUAGUUAAAAUAUCCUUAGAAACAAGUGAGAUGCCAUGGCUAAUGUUGUUCUGUUAUUUAUGAAAGGCUCUGGGUAAGUUAUUGGAAGGUAUUCUUAGGGAUUGGAUAUAUAGGUGUUUGAAUAGAUAGGGAAUGAUUAUGUGUAGUUAACUUGGCUUUGUACAUGGUAGGUCAUGUUUAACUAGUCUUAUAGAAUUUUUCAAGGAAGUUAACAGGAAAGUUGAUGAAGGCAAGGUAGUGGAUGUUGUUUACAUGGACUUUAGCGAGGCCUUUGACAAGAUCCCACAUGGGAAGUUGGUCAGGUAGGUUCAGUUGCUUGGCAUUUAGGAUGAGGUAGUUAAUUGGAUUAGACAUUGGCUUUGUAGGACAGGCCAGAGAGUAAUAGUAGAUGGUGGCACGGGGUCCAUUGUUUGUCAUCUGUAUCAACAAUCUGGAUCAUAAUGUGGUUAACAGGAUCAUCAAAUUUGUAGAUGACACCAAGAUUGGUGAUGUAGUGGACAGUGAGGAAGGCUAUCAAAGAUUGCAGUGGGAUCUGGACCAACUGGAAAAAUGGCAGAUGGAAUUUAAUAGAGACAAGUGUAAAACGUAACUAUGCAUCAGUAACUACUUUACUAAGUUUUAUAACAUUGUACAAAUGAAAAAAAGUUUGACACUUUUCAUGAUCCAUGCCCUAAUUAUCUAUUACUUAUUGCCUAUCCCUCAUUGCCCAAGAGGAUAGUGUGCUUUUUCUUGAAUCACAGCCCCAUUCUUCUGGCAGAAGGGCAAAUAGGGUGUAGACUCAAAACUGGUCCUAAAAUGGAUCAUUUUACUAAUACUAACAUCUUCAAUAGGGAAAAAGGACUGACAAUAUAUUUCCACAUCUGGAUGGAGGAAAACCUGCAGGUGGUAGUGUUCCCAUAUACCUGCUGUUCAGCAUCCUUUACAGUACAAUCACAAUUUGGGAGAUGCUGUUGGAGCAAUGAAGCAAAUAAUUGUGUAUUUUCAGAUGCUGUACUUUGUAGCCAGUAUGUGCCAGUGUACUAGGCAAUCAAUGCUUAGGUUGGAGGAUAGGAUAGCAUUCAAGCAACCUGCAGUAUCUUGAAUAGUGUUGAGUGUUUUUGGUGCUGCACUCAUGCUAGCACGUGGAAACUCAGCAAUUAAGCUCCUUCAGCCUACUGCACCAUUCAUCUUACUAAACCCUACACAAUUUUGGUACAACAUCUACACUCGUAGUCUGUUCUUUAUCCAAUAAAGGCAAACAUUCCAGUUGUUUUGUGGCCAACUUUCAAAAGCAAUAAGCAAUUAUGGGAAUUUAACACAAAGACAGCCAGGUCAUUCUGAACAUCAACAAUUUGCAACAGCCCCUCCCUUCCCCCCACACACACAUUUCAUCUGCUCAUCAUCCACUACUUCUACUGUGUCCCCUCCUCCUCCUGGUCUCAUCUGCCCACCCACCUCCCUUAUUUGGUUCCCUGCUCCACCUUCCAAUCCAAUUGGAUUCCAUCACUUUGUAACCUCUAAACUUCUGUCGCUAUUUCUACUCUCCUGUCCUCCAUCUGCUUAUCACUCCUCAUCAGGAUCCACCUAUCACUCGCUAGUCCAUGCUCCAGCCUUUUAUACAGGCUUUCCCACCUCUGUCAGUUCAGAUGAAGAGUUUCAACCCAAAACAUCAACUGUCCAUUCCCUGCCAUUCUGAAUUCCUCCAGAUUCCAGCAUCAGCAGUCUCUUCUGUCUUUAUAAUUCCUAAUAUCUCUACUCAGCUCUUUUACUUCUAUCAAAGCAAAUAACCUCAGAUUUUUCCAUAUUAUGCUCCAUGUGCCAUGUUAUUUACCUAGUCACUAAGCUCAUCCAUAUCCCCUGUAAGCCUCUUGUCACCAUUCAUCUCUCAUAUGGCUUUAUGUCACUAACAAACUCGUAAAUAUUUAAGUUGGUACCUGUGAACUGCAAGAAGCAGCUCAGAGCCACUUUUGAGAGCAAUGAGGGAAGGGCAGUCUACUGGCAUUAGCUAUAGCAUCCAUACCUUGAUUUGAUAAUUUUUUAACAGCUGUACUAAAAUAUAUCCUUUCACAAAAGCCACAAGUGCUGUUGACUCCAGAAGCAGAGAUUUCUGAGAAUACACAGCCAGAAGCAGAAUCUUGCUCUUCAGUGGAUUCAGUUAAGUGAUUAUUUGGGUUUGCACAAUGAUUCACAGUUCAGGGAUGGGACACUAGCAUAUAUGACAAUUGUAGGUGCUAGCAUUUAGUUAUAUCACUUGUGGGUGUGAACUGUGAUUAGCAGAUGACAACGCAUACCAAAAAAAAUUAAGAAUUUUAAACUGGACUUGUGGUGCCCUCUCUCCUUACCCAUUUCUGUCCCUCAAUUAAUAUCUAAGAUCUUCUGCUGGUUAAAGCUUCUGUUGGGGCACCUUUUGCUGAGCCUGUUGCAGGCUUCAGUGACUGGAAAUCUUCAACCUAGAGCAGUCCAAAAGUAGCUGCCAUCUAUAGCAAAGACACUCUGAUUUACCAUCUGGCACACCAAUAGCUUCAUACUGCUCAUGGAACCAAGAUCUUCACAAAUGGUCUUUUGGCCUCAUUUAAACCAGGUUUAUCUUGGCACAGCAACUAUGUUUGCAUCAUCUUUAACAUAGUUAAGUAUCUAAUAUCUAACAGAAAAGUAAUUAGAAUACAGUAUUAACCUGUGGGCUAGAAAAGAUGGCCAAAAGUUAGUCAAAGAGAUUGGUUUUGAAAAGCAUCUUAAUGAAGUGAGGCAAUCCCAGAGCACAAGUACUGGGAUUCAAAAAGCUAUAAGCAGAGCUGCCAAAGAUGAAACAACUAAAGAUAAGUACGUACAACACCCCAGAAAGAGAUCAAACAACUUAGACUGUGCAGCAUGAAAGAUGAAUGUUACUGAUAGGAAAUCUGACACAUCUGCAAGAAUUUAAGGGCAGAUGUCUUCUGAAAGUGCUCAUACAUAACCCAUAAUGGAGCAAAUUCUUGAAUGCAGUCAAACAAUGUUUUGGGCUUCAAUUUCAAGAAUCAUAGUUCAUGAAUGAAUAAGGAAAUGAGAACUGGAUACCAACACGUCAACCACACCUCUCAAACCCAUAAGCAAGAAGGACAAGGUCCCCAGGAACAGGAAAUGCUACCGCUCUCCAAGUUGCCCACCAUCUUGAUCCUGAAACAUACUCCAUCGUCACUGGGUCAAAAUUCUGGACUUCUCUAUCUAACAGUAUUGUAGGAGUAUCUUCACCACAAGGGUACUUUUUACUUUGUUGUUGUACUAUUGUGUUCCAGGAUUUUGAUCUAGCAACAAUUAAGCACUCAUUUUUAAGUGAGAAUGAUGUCAAUCUUAGAAAUGACCUUGUAAGUGGUGGUAUUCCUGAUUUUCCCCACCCGAAACACUCUGCUAUAUGAAUUACCUCCAUGGAAUCAGCUUCUAUAAGUCUGUUAAUAACACUCAAUGGCAUCCUUGCAUUUCCUUGUCUACAUUUGGCAACCUAACUGAGCUUCAGAUACACAGGCUUUUGUCACAAUAUUGAUUUACCUUCCAUUCUGCAUAUUUCAUUGACUUCAGAUUAUCCAAAUCUGUUACACAUUGCCUAGAUCCCUGCCUCCAAUAAAUGCACAAAGUCCCACUUAUCUCUAAUAUCUAAUGCCGACAGCAAUUCCCAGUUCUCAGAAUUAAAAUUUUACUCAUCCUUAAAAUAUCUUCAUGGUUUUGUCCUUGCCUCAUAUUUACAAAAUUUCCUCGCCUCCACUCCAAGUUCUUAAAACCUUCCCAAUUCUUUCACCCCACUAACAGCAGCUAAGUUCAACGAAUGAGGAACUCCCUUGAUUGGUGUCUGUUCAAAAAAUAUCUCUAUUGUAGGAUCUCAGUGAGAAUGAAUGAUAAAUGCCUGUUAGAUUCAAGAUAGAAGUCUAAUACCCAUUCUAUGCUACAAUGUUUUAAAACUUCUGUUACUGUAUACAAGGGAAAGAGUUAAUCUGAACUUUUAAAGUCACAAGACUAUCAUAAAAGAAUAUAUUUUUCUGGAUUUCUUCUCUUUACACGUGUAAAUAUCUAAAGAUUAUAGAUGGGGACUUAGUUAUUAAAAGCAUAAAUCAGUUCCAUUACUAAAUGGUAUACAAGUGACAGAAAGAUACACAGAUGUCUCCAAAGGCACACUUGACGUUAACAGCUUAGUAUGACAGCACAGAGGAGAACAGUGGAGAAGGGAUUUAAAUAGUGCUCUGGAACCUGCUAUUUAUUCCACAAAUAGCACAAAAAUAUUUUUCAGUUCAGUACAUUCAAUUCUUCAUUUUCGUAAAGAUUAUACAAAAAAUUAGUUUUGGAAAAAUGCAAGUUCAGUUCCAAUACAUGCAUUAAAUAUAAAAUAUUAAAUACACAACUUGAAUUGAUAACUAGUUCUUAUUUAGACCUUCCCAUAAAAGUAUCUGCAUUAUAGAAAUAAACAAUAUACAAGCAAAUAGGAAGUGAUAAAUUUCAGAUACAAUUAUGGAGAACUUUUCUCAAUUGUCAGUCACAAAAUAUUUAUUCCUUCAAAGGUAAAUGCCAGUUAUACCUCCUAUUUACCAGACAAAAUUUUUGUUUUGUAGUUGAUAUUUCUUUGCAUUCACGCUGCCAUUACCUGCCAUUUCUGCUAAACUGAAUAUACUGCACUGAACCAGAUUUCAAUGCUUCCAAAGGCAUAUAAUCAAAGUACCACCACUUUUAGCUUAACAGAUUAUAUGUCCUUAAAUCUGCAACAAUACAUUCUUUCACUUAUCAAAAUGCACUUCAAUCAUUAUCAAACAUACGUUUCCAUCUAAAUCAGAACAAAUACCACUAAUUAAGUAGAUAUCAC